ACUUUUAUACAGUCGCUAUUCGUGAUAGGACUAAGUAGUUCUUAGUACAUUCUUUGACAUAUUAUCGAUAGUUUGUACAUCGUUUCAUACAAUAAUAAUUAAUCAAUGACCUUUUUGUGUUUUAUAACUACUGUACCGAUGGGGUGGAUGAUUCGUUGCUCUUCGUGAUUGUAACGUUUUAUCGAAUCUUUAAAAAUUCGCAAGUUGACAUUUCACUUCAUGAACGAAAUUCUACGUUUUAGUUGAAUUUAAACCAGAGGUCACCAUGAAAACAGUAUUAAUCGCAAUAGUAAUCUGUUGUUGGCUUUUUAAUGAGGCUUUAUGUGGAGUUGAAGAUGAUUGGAAUGAUUUUAAAAUCAAGUACAAAAAAACCUAUGAGUAUAAAGAAGAAAAGAAGAGAUUUAGCGACUUCAAAGAUAACUUAAAGGAAAUCCGCCAUCACAACAAUCGCUAUGAGAAGGGUUUAGAAUCGUACAAGAAAGGCAUUACUGUGUUUGCAGAUUUAAGUAGAAUAGAGUUUGAGAGCAAAUAUCAGCUGGAUAGACCUAUGAUGAUGACUAGAUAUUCACAAAGCUGGAAAAAUCGUUAUAUAGAUAAAAAUUUAACCAAGGUAGAUGUAGAUUGGAGAAAAGAAGGUGCGGUUACUCCAGUGAAGAAUCAAGGAAUAUGUGGUUCAUGUUGGAUAUUUAGUGCGGUCGGCGUUUUAGAGAGCUACCACUUCAGAAAAACCGGAAAGCUAAUAUCCCUCAGCGAACAAAAUGUCGUCGAUUGUUUUUCUAGCAACUCGUGUUUGGGAGGACUUCCAGAAGACGCCCUUACUUUCAUACAAAAAAAUGGUGUAAGUACGGAAGCUGAAUAUCCCUAUAAAGAUAAACAGAUGGCUUGUAAACCUUCAUCUAAUAAAACACGCAUCGAUUUUAAAUCUUAUCAGUAUAUAAAUGAGAAAGAAGAAGAGUUAAAAAAUGCCGUAAAGGAGAAUGGGCCCGUAUCAGUUGGUAUGUACGUGGACGGUAGAUUGAGGCUUUACUCAGAAGGAGUAUGGUAUAACAAAAAAUGUUCAGACACGGAGAACCACGCAAUGGUUCUCGUGGGUUAUGGUACAGAGAACGGGGUGGAUUAUUGGCUUAUUAAAAAUUCAUGGGGCACAUCUUGGGGAGAAGAUGGCUACAUGAAAGUAGCUAGAGGUAGACAUGAUAAUUAUUGUGGUCUCACUGGUAGUUCUAUUUAUUUAACAUAAUUGUUUUGUAAAUAAUUAAAUAAAUGUUUCAGUCUUA